AUGGAGGACAGCUCAGUUCUGAUGCAGGAUGAGUCCAGGAGUCUGGGAGGAGAGGUGGCCAUCGACAUGGACUCUAGAGCAAACCCUCUGCAGCUGCAGCUCAUCGAUGAACAGGACUCCUAUAUCCAGAGCCGAGCAGAUACCAUGCAGAACAUUGAGAGCACUAUUGUGGAGUUGGGUUCCAUCUUUCAGCAGUUGGCGCACAUGGUCAAAGAGCAAGAAGAGACGAUUCAGAGGAUCGACGCCAAUGUGGAGGACACCCAGCUGAAUGUGGAAAUGGCCCACACUGAGAUACUGAAGUACUUCCAGUCCGUCUCCUCAAAUCGCUGGCUCAUGAUCAAGAUAUUCCUCGUUCUCAUCAUCUUCUUCAUCAUCUUUGUGGUCUUCCUUGCCUGAGAAGGAACAAUCCUGAGUGUAAGGUGGGAUGAAAACGGAGCCAAAGGGUUUGAAGGAGGGAGGAACAGGCUAUGGACUUAUGGGCGAAUGUGCAAAAACACAAGUGGACUGUGCCGCAGGGGACACUGGCUCCCGGGGGGAGGGUGUGGGGGGGGUUCUGAUGCUCAGUGGUGGGAUGAUUUUAGUCAGAGUAAGUUGAUGUUAAUUCUGUCACUGUCGACUUUCACUCUCUUACACUAGAGGGAGAUGGAGGAUGGUGGUGAUGCUGAUGAAGGUGGAACUGAGAUUUACUGUGUAUUUAAAGAGGAGGUGUUCUGAUUCACUCUGUUCUGUUUAAACUUCUUCUACAUCU